CAAGCGGAGCGUCGAGACGAGCGCCGGGGAAGGGCGAGCGAGAGCGAGCGUGCGUGCCGCGAGGUAAGAGCGUUUGUGAGCGCGAUCGCCAUACCAUAUGGGGAGAGUGAGAGAUUUCGAGUGCCGAGAGAGAGGGUCAUAGAUUGAGGGAGAGAGGUAGAGUGGUCGAAGAGGAAAGGAAGAGUGUUUCUUUUGAUUGGAGAGCCAAAAAGGAGUUUUUUUGUGUGUGGUUUUGUGGUGCUGAUUCGCACUCGCUUGGUUCAUGGCGACGAAGCUCGUGGUUCUUGGAAUCCCGUGGGAUGUAGAUACCGAUGGGCUGAAGCAGUACAUGAGCAAGUUCGGUGAGCUGGAGGAUUGCAUUGUUAUGAAGGAGCGGUCAACUGGUCGAUCUCGUGGAUUUGGCUAUGUAACCUUCGUGUCCGCAGAAAAUGCAAAGACUGCCUUGGAAAGUGAACAUAUUCUUGGAAACAGAACCCUUGAAGUAAAAAUAGCUACACCAAAGGAAGAAAUGAGACAACCACCAAAAAAGGCUACACGUAUUUUUGUAGCAAGAAUCCCUCAUUCUGUUACAGAGUCGAUGUUUCGAGAAUAUUUUGAAUCCUAUGGAGAGAUUACAGACCUAUACAUGCCAAAGGAUCAAGGUUCAAAGGCACAUCGUGGGAUUGGUUUUAUCACUUUUGCUAGUGCAGAUUCUGUGGAUACUUUGAUGGCAGAGAAUCAUGAAUUAGGCGGAUCUGCUGUUGUAAUUGACCGUGCAACACCAAAGGAGGAAGAUACAAGAUAUCCAAGCAGAGUCACACAGGGUGGAUAUGGUGCUUACAAUGCUUACAUUAGUGCAGCAACCCGAUAUGCAGCACUAGGUGCUCCUACACUUUAUGAUCACCCUGGGUCUGCAUAUGGAAGAGGGUUUUUUGGACCUUCUCGUGGAAUGGGUAAAAAGAUUUUUGUGGGCAGGCUUCCCCAGGAAGCAGGUGGUGAUGAUCUGUGCCAGUAUUUCGGCAGAUUUGGCCGUAUUUUAGAUGUGUAUGUUCCGAAGGAUCCCAAAAGGACUGGACAUAGGGGAUUUGGUUUUGUCACUUUUGCUGAGGAUGGUGUCGCAGAUCGUGUAUCACGAAGGACUCAUGAAAUUCUAGGACAGGAGGUGGCAAUAGACUCUGCGACACCGCUUGAUGAUUCUGGUCCUGAUGGUCAUUACAUGGAUGUUGCUGAUGCAUAUGGGGGUUAUGGCGGUCCUGUCCGUUCUUAUGGCAGGAUGUUCGGAAGCAUGGAUUUUGAAAAUUAUGGUUAUGGUGCAAGCACAAGCAGGCCGUCGACAAGAACAGAGUGGAGGUACAGGCCUUAUUAGUGCAUGUGAACUGCUUCGCCGUGAACUUUUGCAGAUUAUCAAAUAUCAAAUGCAGGCUACUAAAUAGAUGAACUCACUAACUUGUUUUACAUUUCCUUUACAACUAAAGUUGUUGAAUGCAGCAGGUGAUAACUUUUUUUCCUUGACAAAUAAUACUUAUCCUUUGUUGUAUGAAGUCAAGAAUAUCUUUUAAGUGUGUGGUCUGGUGAAUAACAUCAUCAUUAUGUUAUAUUUAUUAUUACCAUACUCAGAAUGUGGUCACUCUUCUCCACAAUGUAGGUUUUGUUUGCAACAAUA